GUGCUUGGGAUUAUGUUGCUUUUUUAAAUUUUAUUUUAUUUUUAGUCUAUUUAAUUUUGAGAGAGAAGCUCAGGAAAUGAUUCCCCAGUAUCUGUACCUGCUUAUCAGGAGAACUUGGCCAGCAGCAGAAACCUUUCCUUCUCCACUAAGGGCCUUUUCCCAGUCAGUUUUGAGGAGGGCUUGACUCUUCUGAGACCUCAUGCCACCUAGAAAGUGCUUUAGGGCAUGGCUUCUCUCUCAUAGCUGCAAAAAAUAUUUACAUUUUAAAGAAUUUCUCAGCUCUUAGCUGGCUGAAAGAAACUCUGAACUUGGCCAUUCUGGUGCCCAGCUGAAGCUUGUCUGAGUGGUCUAGGGUGUUUUCAGAAUAGCGUGGAGAUGGUGGGGAGAGUCUUUUUGCUACUGCUUGACCAACAGAGAAGUUAAACACAAGUACAUCCCAGGGACCAGGACUCUGGGAACUUUUACAAACUGAAGCACUCCAGAAAGAAACCUGACCCUUCAUGAAAACUUGGGAGCUUUCUGGAUGGCUUCAUUGUUUCUUUUCUGGAGUAGUCAGAUUCUGUAUCUGGGUGGGAGGAGAAACAUUGUCCCUGUUCCUGAAGCUGGAGUUUCCUUUGUCUAUUCUGAAAUAAAGGAGGGCCACAGAAAAGGAUGGGGCAUUUCUUAGGGAAAUGAAAUUCUCCCGAUGUACUACAUCCCCACCCCAGAGGUGGGCCCGUAUACUCUUCCCCAUGGUCUACAGGGCUAGCAUCAUUUCUAAGUAUCGAUAAAAACAGCAUUAUGUAGACUUCCCUGGUGGUCCAGUGGUUAAGACUCCACACUUCCACUGCAGUGGGCACGGCUUAGAUCCCUGGUCGGGGAGCUAAGAUCCUGCAUGUCUCACGGUGCGGCCAAAAAACCCAAAAAACAAAACCAAAAAAAAAGCUUUGUGUAUUUCCUUUUCAGCAUAAAUGGACGUCACAGCCCCUGUAGAGUGUGAGGCCUUGAGCACGGAGGUGCUGUUGGGGUAAUCAGACCAGGGCUAUCUCUGUACCCCUAUUUUGCUCACCGCCACCCCCUGUGCUGACAGUGCCCCCACUUAGUGCUUGCUGCCUUUAGGGAACAUCAGAAUCACCUGGAGGCUGGUUAAAACACACACUGGCUGGACCCCACUCAGGAGAUCCUGAGUCACUAGGUCUGGGGUGGGCCGAGAAUUCGCAUCUCCAACACGUUCCCAGGUGAUACUGAUGCCGCUGGUCUGGGGAGCACAGGUUGCGAAGCACUGUGACACCAGGCGUUUCUCCACUUUCUGGAGGCUGUGUUGGGACAGGCAGAUUCUGCUCCUGAUGGCGUGUCUGCCUGGGUGGAAUCUCUUAAUGCUGGAGGAACCUGUAGUUCAAAAGCUGUGGUUCACUGGAGGGAGCCCUAGCCCUGUCUUCUUACCCUGGGGCCUUCUCUCCUGGUCGUUCCCACAGAAGACCAGGGAUGUGGCAUUUGAGGUAGCUGAGGGGGGCAUUCCUCGCCUCCUUGCAAUCCCUUCUCUAUGAUGUUGCAGAAAGCUUUCUGGACCAUGCCACUCUCCUACAGGAGACCCUUCAUAGGCUUGCCAUUGGCCUUAAGAGAAAGUCCAAACUCUCCUAAAAUGACUGCCAGUCUCCCUCUCCGCCUCUGAAAUACUCCUUUUUCUUGUGAACUCACUAUGUUCUUUUUGCUUCCUGGUCACCCAUUUUGCUGUUUCCUCUGCCUGGUAUGCUGGUAGUCUGGCCACCUCUUGCUUAUCAGACCUCAGCUUAGCCAUCACCUGCUCUGGGGAGCUCCCUUUGACCUCUCUGGGGUCAGCUGGUGCCUCUGCAAAGGCUCCAUGUCACCUUGUAUUUUCCUCACUUCAGCUUCUGUCAGCUGCAUCAAGGUCAUGAUUGCCACCCAUUUACUUCUCUGUCUUUGUGGACUGUCGGCUCCCUGAGGGCGGGGAACCCAUGACAUGGUCAUUCACAUGACUCCAGACUUGGCAUGGUGCCUGGCAUAUUGAAGGCCUUCUUGAUCAUUCUGUGAGAUAGCUAUGGCGGGGAGGAAACCAAGACACAGGUAAACUGGGAAGCAGACUCUUGAGUUCACAGCUGGCCUGUGAUUUUUGCAUCUCAUCAAGGAGCUCCUCCUCGUAAAGGUGGCAUUUUUCUGAAGUUGUUCAUUGAGACUUCCCAGCAUUCCUGCAGAUAUAAUAGGUGAGGCUUGCGGCCGCGCGGAGCUGCGACAUGGCAGCAUGACAGCCCCAGAGAGCGCUGCCCCACGACGCCGCCGGGACGAGGGAGCCCCCGAGCAGCGGCCACUGCCGGCCCGGAGCGCCUGAGCCUCCUUCCCGCUCCUUCUCCCACCGCCCGCCGGGCUCGCCUGUACAGUUCACCCCGUGGCCUCCCGACUCCUGACGCCUCGAACAUCAAUAUGUGUCAUGUCAUUGUCACCUGUCGCUCGAUGCUCUGGACCCUCCUGAGUAUUGUGGUGGCGUUUGCCGAGCUCAUUGCCUUCAUGAGCGCAGACUGGCUGGUUGGAAAAGCCAAGCCCCGCGGCAGCGCCGAGCCCGGCGAGCAGGGCGGAGGCUCCCCGGAGCCCCACCACCCCACGCUGGGCAUCUACGCCCGCUGCAUCCGGAACCCCGGCGUGCAGCACUUCCAGCGGGAGACGCUGUGCGGGCCCUACGCCGAGACCUUCGGAGAGAUUGCCAGCGGCUUCUGGCAGGCCACCGCUAUUUUCUUGGCCAUGGGCAUCUUCAUUCUCUGCAUGGUGGCCCUGGUGUCUGUCUUCACCAUGUGUGUGCAGAGCAUCAUGAAGAAAAGUAUUUUCAACGUCUGCGGGCUGCUGCAAGGAAUUGCAGGCCUCUUCCUUAUCCUGGGUUUGAUACUCUACCCUGCUGGCUGGGGCUGCCAGAAGGCCAUAGGCUACUGCGGACACUACGCAUCGGCCUACAAACCCGGAGACUGCUCGUUGGGCUGGGCCUUCUAUACCGCCAUCGGGGGCACAGUCCUCACUUUCAUCUGUGCCGUCUUCUCCGCACAAGCAGAAAUUGCCACCUCCAGUGACAAAGUACAAGAAGAAAUCGAAGAGGGGAAAAAUCUUAUCUGCCUCCUUUAGUUUGGAAGAGACAUCAGUGCCGUUUUCUUGCUUGUGUAACCUUGUGAAACACUUCACUUCUGGUUCUGUCAUUUGAAUCAAGUGAAGAACUCGCCUUUACCUACCGAAGCCACGUUCCACGGCCCUGAGCCUUGCCAGAACCAACGACAGGCAACACCCAGCUGCAGAGUGACUGCACAGGAGGGCCACAGUGCAAACUGUAAGAGAUGGAACAUGAGAAUAGUACAUAAACCCUGACAUGCAGUUAAGUUCUGUCAGACUCCAUCUCCCCCCAAGGCUCAAUGAAGGAUGAUGAUCUAAACCAUUAAAGCAGCAGUUUCUCUGGUAACAGAAGAGACCAUUGGCCAGAUUUGCAAGCUGUUUAGAGACGUUUCUGCACAGGUUGCGUGCCUGUGAGCAUCUCUGCCUCAGAGUGAGGUUUGGGGGUUGGUGCUUUUGUUUCCUCCUAGUUCUUUCAAACUGUCUCAGGUAGAGACUACAAUGAAGAGUGCACACCCACCGGGGAGAGGAUGUGUGCUAAAGGGCCGAGCAAGACACUGUCUGUUGCUUAGCUGACCCGAGGGGUCAGCAGGGACGGUGUGGAAUUCUGUGGUGGGACUUAUUCUAGGCUGAAUUCCGGAGUCAGGCGGAUCAAUUGAUCUGUCGCUCCAAGAGUUUAGAAAUUUGAGUAAAGGAAGAAUAAGCACCUGUCCAGUCAUGAGAAUAAAAGUACAAAAUCCUGCUAGUGGAGACAAAUUCAUUCCACUCCCCAGCAGCCAGGCUAGCACCAGUGCUGGCCAAGUCUCCUCUUCCACUGGAGAUCACACGUUGUUCUUCUAGGGCUAGGACUGCGCUUUGACUGCCAAAGGAAACCUCACUCUGUUUCCUGAUUCCAGAGACAGAGGUCUCCGAGCCAGCUGUGGCUCAUUCAUCUGGUGACUGGGAGCCCUUGCCAGAAUCUCAGCACUUGCAGGGAGACCUUUUCCCACUGUGUGGUAACCGUGCUGUAUUCAGCUGUAUUCCCACCUCCCAGCAGCAGCAGGAUGGCAUUCUGUGCAGAAAAAGGAGCUAGAGACGGGAGUUAAGUUUUUCUAGUUACUGGUGUUGGUCCUGGAAAGCAGACUGAAAUAACAUUAAAUUGCUCUAACUGGUGAGUUACAUCAAAGGCUUCAUUCUCAGGAAAGCACAGAGUAGAUAGAAAGUUAAUGCAGAAUGAGAGCUAGACCAAGCUCAUAGCACCUGCCUAUACCUGUUUACAAAAUGAAUGAAACACCACUAUUAAAAAGGAUUCAGGGGCUUUUAAUCUAGUUUCUAUAAAUCACCAACAUAACUGAUUCAGGAAAAUGAUAUUAGCCAUCACUUCAAACUUACUUUGGAACGAUCAAAGUGACCAGAAAGAACCUAGUCUGGUAUUAUCCUGAGCUUCAGAAUUGCAGAAUGCAAUAGAAACACUUUCUUCGUAACUUAAGCAAAUGGAGUGGACCUGCCAAAUUUCUGGAAGGACUAAAAGGACGGGUCUCUUUAGGCUUAUGAAUCUGCUUACUUGAGGGCUUGCUUUGUUUUGAAAAUUUAACAAAUAACUAUGAACCUUGUUUGGGCAAGGUAUUGUGUGCUAAGCCCCACCAGGCAUAGAACCCUGAUUCAGAUUUUACAACCCUGCCCUGAGUAAAUCAUCUUAAAGCUGUGCGAGUCUAAAACCAUGCCUUGCUGCAGAACAAGUAAUUGCUUUAGUUGUUUCAUUCCAAUUUAAUUCCAUUCUAGCCUUCGGCCUGUACCAGAAACCAUUUUAUCACAGAUAAUGAGGUAAAGGGCAGGAAGGCAGGGACAUGGAACCAGGUCUUCAUGAGCUCACCAUUCUUAGACCAAAGUUCAGAGUAAAAACAAGAUGUACAUCUGUGACUUCAAGGGGUAAAUAUGUAUCCUCAUAGCAGCCUGUCGUAAGGGCUCAGGACACAAACAAUAACUGACGCCACACAGAAAUAAUAGGUUAUGGCAGCCACUGGACAGAACUCCUGUCCCUUACUGUGCAUCUGUAUGCUCUAACCAAGUCCUGAUGCCAUCACAGUCAUUGCUUUUUAACCCUUGGCAAUAAUUUUCAUUAAAAAAAAAAAAAGCAACUCCCUCCAUCAGGCAAAUAAUUUAA